AUGACUAGGGAAACUUCAUUUACUAAAAAGCAAGAAAAUGACAACAAAAUAGUUGUGCUUGAUAAUACAAUAAUAAAACCACCCCACGAGAAGUAUACUGACUUGCAAAAGAAUAUUAUUGACAAAAAUCAUUCACCAAGAGAACAGUCAGAACUGAAUAUUACCUCAAACAAAAUAUUUGAAUAUGAUAAAAUUCAAAUGAAUACAGAGUCAUCUCCAUGUACACCGGAAGAUCCUUUUAAUGCUUCGUCAAGUGAAGAUUCUCUAUAUUGUCCUAGUAGUGACGAAUUAAGUAAAAUUUUUUUUCCAUUUUCAUUAAAUUGUGAAUAUAGGUUUUGGACCUUGCCUGAUAGCUGCUCAGAUGUUGAUGAGAAUCCAGCACCGAAGAAGACUAAGAAACCUAAUAUAAACAAAAGCUCAACCCAGACGAAGAUUACUACUGAUUAUGUUAAUUCGCCCUCUAUUGGAGUGUAUGAUACAGCUAAAGAUAACGAAUACGAUUUAAAUGUACCGAAUACUUCAAGCAGUAGACAGUUGAUUACUACUAAAACGAUGGAUAAAGACCAAGAUUUAUGUAACAAUUCAAGGUUACCGAGUACUUUAAGUUGUACAAAACCAAUUAAAACACCAUAUAAGAGAAAACCGGUUCACUGUUAUUAUUGCGAAACUAAGGUUCUAAAUUUCGGCCGCCAUGUGAUACGGAACCAUUCAAACGAAAUAGAUGUAGCAAGAAUUUUAGCAAAACCCGUUAAAAGUAAAGAAAGAAAAGAGCUAUUCAAUGACCUUAGAAGAAAGGGAAAUUAUUUGGCCGACGGUGGCACUUGUUUUAAGCCUGUUAGGGAGGGUUAUGUACCAGAGAGAGAUAAAGUACCUUGUAACAACUGUUUAGGCUGUCAAAAUAGCAAACAGUUAAAACUAUUCCAUAAUGCUAAAGUAGAUCAACGACUGAAAGAGGAAGUAUUCCCGCAUAUGAGAGCGGACAAGUUGUCUUUGGAAGCUCAAAAAGAUCCACUUAUUUGCGAGUUCGGAGCUAAGUACUUAAAAACGCACCGUGAAAAACAUUUUAUUUACGUAACAUCACGCAAAAUGAGAGAACUUUCUAAAAUCCUUUUGGAAAUAAGAAAGUUGGAUCCAUCCAUAACCACAUUCAUUUCAACUUUGAAGCCAAAGUAUUUCGACAUUUUCGUGGAAGCCACAAAACGAAUUGCUAAAUAUGAUUCGGAACGAGAUGUUUAUCUGUCUCCAACUUUCGCCAUGAAUAUUGUUACGUCUUUGAAACAGUGUUGCGAUAUUGCAAUUACUUUUAUUUACACUAAAAAUAAAGGUACCACUUUAUCUACUGCGGAAAUAGAGGCGGACUUGAAAACGUUGAUUCGUCUUUUUGAAACUAAUUGGAGUUGUGAGAUUUCUUCACAUGCCAGUUACAACCUUAAUCUUAACAAAUGGAACAAAGUAACCAUUGUACCUCUUGCCAGUGAUUUGCGUUUAUUAAGGAAUCAUCUCAUCGACUUAGCUGGAGAAUCUUUAAGAGUCCUAAUUAAAGGAGUUGAGGAUAUGAAAUAUAUCAUAGAAGAUGAUAUCGACCAUCAGCAAUAUAAAAAAAAGUUUGAUACAAUUCAAGCAUUUAAUAAUCUGAUGGAGACUAUUUAUUGUAGAGUCAUUUUAUUAAAUCGAAAACGUUCUGGAGAACUACAACGAAUGUAUUUACAUACACAUCUGAAUACAUCAAACCAUACUCGAAAAUAUGAGGAAUUUGACAAUGUAGUCUCUCUACCCGAAAAAAUUCUCCUAAAACCAUUGAAGUGA